CAGAUUCAGAAGUUCGUUACUUGUUAGUCGUUAGUUCAAGUUCAUUUUUCUUCAUUACUUCAAGUUUGAUUUUACGUUUGGAUUUUAAAAACUGAGAAGUUUUGGCGGAUUCAAUUGACUUUUACUUCAACUUAUUUGUCUGUUUCCAAUCUGUAUAUGAUUUGUAGUUGAUGUGAUUAUUUUUGCAGAUACGGAUACGGUUGAUUUUAAUUUUAUUUCCUAAGAUUUGAGUUUUAUGCUACAAAUGUUGAAAUAAUUAUUUUAUUUGUUUAGUUCUGAAUAGGGGUGAUGAGAAAAUAAUAACAUUGAUUAUCAUUUGACUUUAUUAGAUAGAAAUAAUUAGAAAUGGGAAACGAAAACAUUCAGGUUUACAUUCGCAUAAAACCAAACGGCGAUAAGAGAAGUUCCAUAGAAGUGAUCAGUGAUCGAGAAAUCGGAAUGAGAGAGAAGUGUGGCAAGAAAAGUUUAACUUUUUCAAAAGUAUUUUCUCCCACAUCAAAUCAGCAAAAUAUUUACGAAACUGUUGGCCGACCACUGGUGAAUGAUAUCUUGUCUGGAUACAGCUGUACUUUGUUCGCUUAUGGACAGUCAGGGUCAGGAAAAACGUUCACCAUCUUGGGCGAGAAGUCUCCUGCAACCUCCCUGGGUUGGGAAGAAAACACGCACGCUGGUGUAAUCCCUAGAUGUCUCAGUCAGAUUCUAGACGAAGCUGAUAGGAUGCAGAAUGAAGUCAUUGUCCAGAUUUCAUCCAUUCUCAUCUACAAUGAAGAACUUUAUGACCUUCUGUCCUCCAACGAGGAAAUAAAGUUCCGCUUAUACGAUGAUCCUACGAAGAAAGGGACAGUUGUUCCUGGACUGGAAAACGUCAUUGUACGAAAUAAAAAUGAAGCCUUCAAUGUAAUGGAUCGUGUGCUUUCAAAGAAAGAGGAGCUAACUUCAACGAACAAUGUUUGCUCAAGCCGAUUCCACUCAAUCUUCACGAUAAGUGUAACAGUGAAAGACAACUCGAUUCAGGGAGAAGAAUGCUAUCGGUUGGGCAAGCUGUGUUUUGUGGACGUGGGGGGCAGCGACAACAGCAAAGGGGCCAACGCCGACAAAUCAGGCUGGGACUCCAAUCGGGUGAAUCUAUCUCUCUUGACUCUGGGACGUGUUAUCAACUCCCUCUUCACUCACAGUUCACAUAUACCUUACAGAGAAUCAAAAUUGACAAGACUGGUUCGAGACUCGCUUGGUGGGUGUUCAAAGACGUGUAUCGUUGCUUGCAUUAAACCAUCAGUUGGUGAUAUCGACGAGACUGUAAAUACAUUGGACCUGAUGAACAAAGCAAAAAUGAUUAUAAACCAGCCACAGAUCAAUGAAAAAGUCAACGUGGAAAGUCUUGUCAAGAAAUACACAGAAGACAUUGUAAGGCUGCGCAAAGAUAUAGAGGCGAAUAAAACUCAAACUGGGGUGUACGUCGACGAUGAAAACUACAAACAAAUGCAGAACAAAAUAUUAUCGUUAGAGAGGACUGUAAUUGAGCUGCAGAAAAUGAAGGCAAUGCUAGAACAGGAUGCAAGGAACAAACUGAUUCAACAUCAAACGUUAAGCAAGAAACUUGAAGAGAAAGAACAGGAGAUUAAUGAACUGACGGAGACUCUGGUCGUACCCUACAACCAAACCAAACAACGAUUAGAGACGGUUUAUUCAUUAUUCAAACAGUCAGCAACUCAGAAUAAAACGUUUUUAGGAAAAGUUAACCAAAUGAGGGGCACUGAAGGAAAGAAUAAUGCGUUGAUAAGAAGAGAGGCGAAUCGCAUUACUUCAAGAUGUGCAAAGUUGAGUGAAAAACUGAAAACUUGCAACAAUAUGCAUACACUAAGAGGAGAGCAGCUGACAGAUAAUGUCAUCAAGCAUACAGAGAAAGCUUCAGGUGACCGAUCUGAGCUUUUGAACUUGAUGGUUGAUGACGCUAAAGAAACACAAACACAAAUUCUGACUCCAUGCCAGGAGAGAUUGGAAAAAACUGGUAAAGAUAUUUUCCAUUUGUCUGAAAAAAUUGACAAUAGCCAAUCCAGGAUACUAGAACUUUUGUAUAGAAACAAGAAAACCUUGGAUGAAUUUGCGAACAACGAAGUCUGUGAAAUUCUCGCCGACAGUAGUUUAGAAAAUAAGUUUGCCGAGCAGCAACUGAAACUGAAACAAAUAGAGGACACAAUAAAGUCUUCACUAGCCAAGGUUUUAGAAAGCACUGAUUGUUCGACAGCUGAAUUGAAGGAUCUCGUUUCUUCAUCAAAAUCGGAAAUGACCCUGAUGAUUCAAAAUCUAUUCAUAAGUAAAAUGGAAGAAAUUGCUUCUCUCAGAGCUGCAAAUAAUAAAAAACUUGAGGAAUCGGGAAAGGAAUUGACUGUCAACGAAGAGUUACUUCUCAAAUUACAAGACCAUUUGAAUGAUGCAACAGUAAUGGAUGCUAUAAACGAUUUGAAUAUUACCGAGAGCAUUUCAGAAAAUGAAAAUUCUAAAAUCACUGCAGAUGAAGCAUAUUCAAAAUUAAUCAAGAAUCUUGAAGAAAAUUUGGAAAUGAUGGAUGAGUUCAGACAAGGAUUCUCAGAGGAGAGCAAAAGUGUCAUUGAAAAGAUGAAAGUAGGACUGGGUGAACAUGGUGAGAAUAUCGGUGCUUUGUCAUCAGCCAUUCAAACAAUCAAAUCACAGGAUCGAACUGCCUGUUUGGAACUUGUCAAGAACAAGGCGUCAGAAUUCACCUCGAAUUUGUCAAAUGCAUCGAAUGAACAGAAAAAAGUAUUGCAAGCCACUGACCAAGCUAUAAAUGUGGAAACAACAAACUGCAAAACGGCAAUCAGUGAUCGAUUGAAAGAAAACAAGGAAAAUAUUGUUGCAAAUAUGAAAAAGAUUGAGCAACACAUGAAACUCUCCUCCGAGCUGAACGAAAAAAUUAUACUCAAUUCACAACAUCAGCUCAGUCUCCACAACUCCAUCUUCAACGGAGAACUGAAAAAUUACAAAGCUACAGGUGAAACUCCUCAGCGUCAAGAGUACAGAUUCCCUCAAAAGCUUGCAGAAAUGUCACCCUAUGAAAGGAACAGAAGGCGUCUUGAAACAAGCAUCAAAGAGGAGGAGGAUCUAUCAGAAUAAACUUUUUGCUGUUAUAUUUUUAGUAUCACCUUGACAAUUAUCAUAAAUGUAACGUUCAGAUCAAACGAAGUUUGAGUAUUGAGGAGUGCUUCACUGAAGUAGCUGAACGAUGUGGAUAAUUUUGGCCUCGACCACCAAUUAUUGAAUAUUUCCAGAAAUCUCUUGUAGAGUAGCUGCUACACUAUACACUUUUAUUAUAGACUGUAAUAUUUUCAGUUUCAAUUUCCUGUGAACAAUUAAUUUUGUUGAUUAUCCAAGUAACCCUACCAUUCGGCUAGUUAUUAUUUUCAUCAGCAAUUGGUUUAAGCAUAGGCCUACUGAUAUUCAGAAUAUAAAUAAGGUAAUCCCUGUUAAUUAUUCUGAAGAUCCUUCUGCAUCUCCAUACAUAUUAUUGAAUUGUUAGGAAAUCUAUUGCAUGUUAAAGAUCAUAUUUAUGAUUCUAUAAUUUUUAUUGAUUAUUGACAAACUUAUUAAUUAUUAUAUGUUACUUCAUGAACUAUUGCUUUCAAUAAAAUAUUUUUAUAUUCGAGUAGAUAA